AUGUAUAACCCUUAUCAACCUCCUCCAGGUGCCUAUGGGCGUCCCCAAGAAUAUGGCGCGUACCCCGGUGCGCCAGGUGCACCCCCAGGCAUGGCUCCUCCUCCCGGGAUGGCAGCACCCGGUACAGCCCCCCCUGCGAAUAUGCUACAGGCCAACAGCCAGCAGCCCGGCCGACCUGGAGGAUUCCCUGCCAACUUCCAACCGCCCCCGAACAUGCCUAAUAUCAACUUCUCCGCCCCGGUGAUUCGCUUGGGCACCUCCGGGCCGGCCAAGCCUGCCGGUCCAGAGAUGGGCCGCGAGCGUGGAGCGGAGGGCCCUGGACGACGUGCAGGUCUCGGUUCCUCCAGCGAAAACCAGCGCCACCAUGGCCGUGAUUCCACAAUGCAGCCUCAGCCGCCUACUCGGGAUGAGAUCGUGCGAACACUCUUUGUCGGUGGCAUUACGGAGGGAGCAGGUGGUGAUGAUGGCAUUGAGCGCAUUUUGCAGUCGGCGGGCCGUCUGCGACGAUGGAUCCGUGCGUUGGAUGCUGACGAGAAGCCCUGCCGAUUUGGCUUUGCCGAAUUCGAUGAUCCAGAGAGUCUGGAGACGGCGGUCGAGGUGCUACAAGAGAUCGAAGUCCCUGUUAAGCGACAGGUGCCUCGCGCCGAGGGCGAAGAGGAGAAGGAAGUGGAGAAGAGUACUUUGCUUGUCGUGGUGGACGAGAGCACGACUAAAUACCUGGAUCAGUUCAAGGAAAGCCGAGGUGAUCGGGACCCUGAAGAGAUUAACGCGCGUUUUGAGGCUGCCCGCGGUGAACUAAAGAACGUCCUCACCGGCCUUUUCCAUCCGACUGACUCCACCACAAAGGAAGGUGCCUCUGCAGUGGACCGGGAAGGCGACCUUGAGAUGCAAGACGGUGACACACCUAAGGAUGGAGAAGUAGUCACCAUUCCUAUCACGGUUGAGGACGAGUUGGCCGAUAUUCCGCCUGAGAUGCGUGCAAAUGUGGCCAAGGAAAUCGCUGCAUUCCGUGAGCGAAGUAACCGCCGUGAUAUUGAACGGCUCAAGCGGGAAGAAGAGAUUGAGUCUAUGGAGCGCGCUCGUAAUGCUGGAUCACGCUUCAGCCGUCUUGCUUCUCCUCCUGCCUCGGCUCCUAGCGGCCCCGCUGGUGGCGCGAACGGUAUCCCUCUAGGUCCCCGGGACCGUGGUGUACCCAAUGCACCAGCUGGCCCCAAGGGAUUCGGUGUCCAGAUCCCGAAGGAUUACCAGAAGGGUGUCUCUUUUGUCAAUGGUGGUACAAAUGGAUACCAAGCCUACGGAAGUCGGGAGGAUGAAGACUCGGAUGCAAGCGACGAGGAGCUUGAACGCCGCCGUCAAUCUAAGCGUGAUGCAGAACAAGAGAAGCAGUUCCUAGACCAGGAGCGCCGCUGGCUCAACCGAGAGCGAAGCCGAACGGCUGCUCUGGAGCGUGAAAAGAAGCGUGACAAGGAGGAUGAUGGCAAGUUGCAGGCCGCCCACGAUGAGAUGGAUGAGCGAAUGAAGGCAUGGAAUGAUGAUACCGAGGCCAGCCGCAAGACCGCCGAGUACUACGCGGACCGUGGUGCCUGGCUCCGAAGCCGUGCCGCGUUUCGUUCCCGCGAGGCCAACUUGGACGACGCGGACCGUGCAGCUGAGGAACGUGAGCGAGCCCAGUCCGCCAAGAAACAGGAGCAGGCUCGUGGUGCUGCGGAUGAUUUCCUUGCCCGCCAGGCUCAGGAACUGGAGACGCGGACCCAGGAACCGCCACGGGAGCCCCAACGCUUCAAGUUGUCUCUCGGAGCCGCGGCUCAAAAGGCCCAGGCCGCAACAACCCGUCGCACUGCUGCCGAAGUCGAAGGCUUGCUGGAAGACGAAGAGGAGCCUGCCACUACCGCUCGUCGCCCACUUAUCCCGAUCAAAUUCGAUACCGCUGCCGAGGCUGCUGGUCUUUCAGACGAAGAACGGGCACAGGCGGCACGCCAGCUCGCCGCAGAGAUCCCUACCGACAAGGAAGGACUGUGGAAGUGGACUGUCAAGUGGGAGUUUGUGGACGAGGCUGUUCUCAGCGAUCAGAUCAAGCCAUUUGUGGAGAAAAAGAUUGUCGAAUACUUGGGUGUGCAAGAACAAAUGUUGGUGGAUGUUGUAGAGGGCCAUAUCCGCCAAAAGGGUUCUCCCCAGGAACUUGUGGAUCAGCUCGCCGAGGCCCUGGAUGAAGAGGCCGAGGUGCUGGUUCGCAAGCUCUGGCGGAUGCUCAUCUUCUUCUCCGAGAGCGAGAAGAGAGGAUUAUCGGCAUGA